UACAGCUCCUCACCGACUGCAUGGAGAGGCGGGUGGCCGAAGACUUAUGUUUGAUGAAUUCUCUCAGUUAAGUCUUUUCUGUCCUACAGAGGCUCACACAUCCUUGUAUGUGUUCUUCAUCCUUGUAUGCGGACUCGAACCACCUCGUGUCCCCCCCGCAGCGUCCUUGUAAUGGAUUCUCCCGUAUCCGGGGCAACACACCACAAUCAUCGCCAGGUCUAGCAGAACGUGCUGAGGCGCCUGGCGGCCGGGGCGUCUGGCCGGCGGCUGGGAGGCCUCGCCGCUCCGGCAGCGCGGUUAAUCUGAACUACCUGGGGCAACCUGAUCUCGGCUGUCGGCGUGGGUAUCCUCGGGAGAGGUGACUUGGUCCUCGCCGACGCCAGGGGUUGCCCUUAGAUGCCUGCCUCUUCCGAGCCUCCGUUUACUUCCUGGGAAAAAGAUCCAUCACCUCCUCCACUUUUCUGCCCCCUCUUCACCUCCCACGACACUUUAUCCUGUAAAGUAGGAUUUUGCUGUAAAAGAAGUGACCCUAAGGAACCUUUUGAAGUUAGCAGUAUAGAGGGCACCACCACAAGAAGCCACCAUGCCUGUGGAAGGAGGAGGGAAAACAGACAUGGAAAGGAUUGGCCUCUUUAGUGAGAUGGAAUACAUUACUGUGGGUGAUAAAUAUGUGUCACCAUUUAAUCGACCCUUUAAUGAGGCUGCAAGCAAAAAUAAACAGAUGCUACCUGGGGGAGCCAAAGAAAUGUCUGAUCUUCAGGCAGGUUAUUUUGAUCCCCAUUUUGUAAGGAUUUUUGAAGGUGAAGGCUACGUAAGUCUGAAUCAAGUGAGGAGACGGGACAUGAUGCAAGCAGCCAAAAAGAAUCUAAGCAAAGCCUUCCUCCCUAGUAGUGGAGACAAAAAGCCAUGUGGCUUAGGAAGCUACUACGGAACAAUAGGUGGUCCAGUCCCGUUCUUCAGCGCACAGUCGAGACCUCGAGAAAAAUAUGAAGCACCUGGAAAGAAUUUAUACACCAGCCCCGGAAAGAAAGGAACUGGAUAUGGCUACCCAAAUAUUACCAUAGGUAAACAGUUUUCACACGCCGCCGACUUCUAUGACGCACCAAAACAAAAUUAUAAGAAAGCGAAUGAAGAACACCAUCGUUUACUUAAAGGAGCACCGUUUAAGUUAAAUCUUCACCCAAGGGACUAUUUUGAUGCUAACCCUUAUUUUUCUGAGGAACCUUUACCACCAAUUAAAAGAGAAGAGAAGAAAGAAGCAAUUUCAAACACUUUUAAACCUUCUUCUCCUGGUAAAAAGCCUGGUGGAAUGAAGGCAGGUACAUUUGAUCCUUACCCAUCACAUUCUGCCGACCCUUAUGUGACUAAAUUGGAAAAGAUCUCUGGCAAAGACAAUAAGAUUUUCCACCCACCAAGUGGACCAAAGAGCAGACCAGUUGAAAGUAUAAUGACUUUGAAUGUCAGAAGGUAGGAAUAUCUCACACUUAGCUUAUAAGCCAACAAAAAAUUGUUUCCAACUUUUAU